AUGAAGGUUCAGAUCCUAUCUAGAAAGUUCAUAGCUCCAUCGUUUCCAACUCCACCCAACCUUCAGAACUUGAAAUUAUCAUGUUUCGACCAGCUUGCUGCUCCCUUGCAUGGGCUCUUUCUUUUCUACUACCUACCCAAUGGUGAAGACCAUGGUGGAAACAAUGCAGAGCGAAGCAAGAAAUUGGAAAAAUCACUAUCUGAAACCUUAACCCUCUUUUACCCACUAGGGGGAAGAAGCAUAAAAGAAAAUUUCUCAAUUGAGUGUAAUGACAAGGGAGCAGAGUAUUUGGAAGCUCAAGUUAGUGGUUCCCUUUCUCAACUUCUCGAAAGAGAAGAACUUGAGACUGAAAUGUGGUGGCAUUUGGUACCAGGAAAUUUCCAACCGGAGAACAGCCCUCUUUUAACCAUUCAAUUCAACAUGUUUGAUUGUGGAGGCCUAGCUAUUGGCACAUGUAUGGCACACAGUAUAGCUGAUGGAUACACGAUAGGCACAUUCGUCAAUGCUUGGGCCACUGCUUGCCGAAUUGGGAUUGAAAAGGUACAUUGUCGUCCGAGCUUCCCAUUCGGCUCUCUUUUUCCGCCCAAGAACAUACCUACUAUCUCUUCCGUCUGCGAUCCGACAAGAGGUGGAGAAAUUAACAAGGUUGUCAAGAAAACUUUCGUGUUUAACCGUGCAACAAUAUCAAAGCUGAAAGAAAUUGCUACAAGUACUCAUGAUUCAAAUCAGCUGCUGAAACACCAACCGACACGAGUGGAGGUUGUGACAGGACUUGUGUGGAUGAUUCUCACAAAGGUAGCCCAAGCUAUCCACGGCCACUUGAGGCCUUCCAUCUUUGGAAUUGUAGUUAAUAUGCGAGGGAAGACAAGUAUAACUAUGCCGGAGUAUUCUUGUGGAAACUUUGUAAACUUCGCGAUUGCGGAAUUCGUGCCAGAUGAUGGGAGCAAGAUUGAGCUUCGUGACUUCGUAAAUCGGGUGCAUGCUGCGACAAGAAGCUUGGUCGAUGAUUUUGCGAAAGCUUCGAGUGGGGAUGACUUAUUUUGGAUCAAGAUCAAGAAAAUGAGGGAGGCGAGUGAAGCCUGGGAAAAACCCGAGACAGAUCUCUAUAUGGUAAGUUCUUUGUGUCGGUUCCCAUUGUAUGAAACAGAUUUUGGAUGGGGAAAGCCCUCUUGGGUGCGUCUCGUGGAUAAAACUAACAAUUAUAGUGCUAUUGUGAUUUUAGACACUAAAGAUGGUGAUGGAAUUGAAGUAGUUAUAAGGUUGGAUGAAAGUAGAAUGCUUCUUUUUCAACAAAAUCUGGAUCUAGCAUUAACUGGCAAUAUUUAG